GUAACUGGCCGCAACUUUUGUUCUCGCUAGGGCCUUGAGUUUUUUCAAUUGCGAUUGCUUUGAUUUUUAUGAACUUCUAGAUGUGAGAACAUUUCAAGUGAAGAGUUUAGUUACAGAGGUAAAAUGGUCCGUCUCUUCACUCAGGACUUGUUGUGGUGGUUGGUACUGACAUAUUGCUUUAAACAAAUUGUCGCUUCCAAAGACUGCUCUGAUAAUGGCCAUGAAUGUCAGAAUGGAGGGGUAUGCGAGGGAAGUCCACUGGAAUGUUCUUGUCCCCCGGCCUAUCGUGGUAAAAAAUGUGACCAAACGCACAAUAAUUGUAAUCAUGAUCCAUGUUUACACGGUGGUACGUGUGCGGACGUGCAUUCGGGAUUUUCGUGCUCAUGCACUCCGCAAUAUGUUGGAACAUACUGCGAGACAGAGGCCCCUUGUUAUUCCAACCCAUGUCAACAUGGUGGAACAUGUACUGAGGUAAAUGAAGAUGGCACGCAUCAAUACCGAUGUACUUGUCCUCCUGGAUAUGUUGGGACUAACUGUGACGAGCAAUGCAGUCUCUCCUGCAUACCUGGUCAAGGCUUAUGUUUAAGUAACUUCAAGGGAAAUCACUACUGUUAUUGUAUAAUCGGUUUUUCUGGUACUCUCUGCGAAAUAUCUGAAAUGGCGAAUUUUGAAUGUGAAAACCCUCUUGGAGUUGACGACAGCAAACGUUUAAUCCAAGAUAACCAAAUGGGCUCAAGCACACCUAUUAAUACCGAGUUUGCGGCUAGGUACGGACGGUUGAAUCACCCUGACAGAGCUUGGUGCUCAAUGAUCCCAACACCUACCAAGCAGAUGUCUAUGAAAAUUACCUUGAACAAUGUUAGUUUCAUCUCAGCGCUCGCGAUGCAAGGAGAUCCCAAUGGCAACAAUUAUGUCAAUGAAUUUCAGAUAACAGUUCUAGAGCCGGCAGAUGUUUCAAGGGUUAUAGGGCCGUUUACAAACCAAUACAGCGAUCCAUAUUCGAUAAACAAACAUCGCUUUCAUCCUUUUCUACAAGCCAUCGGAAUACGCGUGCGCGUCCUUGCAUUUACUGGACACUAUCCGUGUAUUCGUGUUGAACUCUAUGGCUGUGCAGUGUCGCUGGCCGAGCAAUCUAUGACCAACUGCUUGACAACACUUGGAUUACGAGAUUCUCAAGCAUUUCCCGAUUCGUCGUUUACGGGCAGCGAUGAUCUAGAUGAUCAUAAACCUCAUAACAGCAGGCUUGACGACCCUAAGGGUUGGUGUACAGCUGACAAAUCGGGCCCAAAGCUCCUUGUACAACUGCCAAAACGUGAUUUACAGGUUGUUGGUGUGAUGACCAGGGGUGCGGACUCCAAAUGGGUCAAAUCCUACAAAAUUGGUACAUCAGAAAAUUGGGCGAAAGUUGCUAAUUACAAGAUACACGCCCGAAUCCAUGUCUUUCAAAUCCUUGUCAUCAUGGGGGGACGUGCGAUAGAACGCAAGACGGCGGAUACACCUGUCGCUGCAACAAUGGAUCCAGCGGUGUUCACUGUGAGAAUUUCGCAUGCAACACAACGUGGUUGGAAUUUCCUCACGAAAUUGUCGCUUCAGACUUUGAAGAUGGCUUCAAGAACUAUUCACUGAGUGAUGUCGGAGCAUGGUGUUCAAAAGAAGGAAGCGACCCUUGGCUAAAAAUAAAUUUCGCCAGCGCGAUGAAUGUUUAUGGAUUCGGUUUUGG